AUGACAAGGCGCGAUUCACACUCCAGCACCGAGCGCCCUGACACAGGCGCCUUUGAGAGUCCGCCAGCAUCUCCGUCAAUGAGCAGGAGGAGUACAGAACCCGUCCCAACAGGGCACCGAGAGCGCCGAGAUUCAAAGCUUGGUCGCAUUGUGGACUCGAUUCGGAGCAGCAUCUCCCAAGAACACGAGAAGCUGUUCGGCGACAAAAGCGAACAUCACCACAAAAAAUACCAAGCCACGGUAGCAGAGCGGCUGGAGAAACUACGUGAGCAGGAUCAGACGCGGCGGAAGCGCGUCGAAGAAGAGAUGGCCUCCGACCCGGAAAUCAACGAGACUGUCAGCCCAGCCAUCGAGGCGCGCGAGCGCUCUGAAGUCAAUGAAAACAACAUGGGGCCCACCUCACACGAGCGAGUGAGGCGCGACAGUUGGGGUUGGCCAGGCCUAGGUACAUAUGAACCCCAGCCCGCAUCUCUAGAUGAUGAUGCCACCCCUCGACGGAAGAGCUCCAUGAAAAUGACCAAGGAACAACAGGCGGCCCAGCGAAGCAGGACGGAGUCGGCGACUUAUGAAGCUAUCGACAAUGCGGCCGAAGCCGAGACCUUUGGCUGGCCUGGCAUUGGUGAUUUUCCGUCCAGGAAAUAA